AUGAAGUCGAAUAAUACCCUAAAUCCAACUAAUGAUGUGCAAAAACUCAAUGAAGUCAUGGUAAGCGCAUUCAAGAAUGUAGGUUUCAUUAGGUUUUUGACUAGAAGAAUUAACGAACUUUCACCCGAUGUUAUUCAGAUUGAUGAGAGCUAUUUUACUUUCCAAGAGAGAAUCAAUGAACAUUUGAACCAAGGUGCUCAAAUCUUCGAGUCAGAUGACUAUGGAGCUGUCGCAAUAUGGUAUCCUCCCGGUGUAGAGGUUGCAACUAAUAACCGAAUUCUAGAAAAAGCACUUCUGCAAGAAGCCUUGAAUCAGGUCACUGAGCUAUCUAUUAAAUCUAAGAAAUUUAAGAGAGAUUAUUUUAAGAAACAAUAUUGGUACUUGAAUACCUUGGCGAGAAACAUGAAAAAGACGCCGACAAAAGGGUCUGUUUCAGCUUUGAUCUACCCUAUUCUCGUGAGUGCGAAAAAUAGUAACAAAUCGGUCUAUGUGGAGGCAAUCACAUCACAUGCUAGAGAUAUAUACUUUCAUUUGGGAUUUGAAGUUAGAGAAUCAUUCACGAUAGGAAAAGGAAAAAUAGAUUCUCAGGGAAACGAUAAGGAAAAUGGAGAAGGUAUUGAGGUUUUUCUCAUGGUGAUCGAUAAUGAUUAA